CCGUUUUCCUGAUAGACGUUUAGAUUGUUGCAGGUCUGGACAGCUGCAAAACGCUGUAGACAUUUUGAUCAUGUCUCCUGGGCUCAUGCGUGAAUAUUCCUCUUGAUUGACACACAGAAAGGGAGGGGUGUGUAGUGCUUACCCAAGCCACGCUCCACAUUUGUUACCUGAAAAUCUGGGCUUGCUUCUUGGUGGAUCUCGAGCCAAAAGACACAAACAAGCCAAAGAUGGGAGCAGAAAGGCUCUGUUAUUCAGAGCGAGUGAGGAGGACCCCGGUGCCCUUUCCCAUAGCGCUGUCUCCCGCCAGGGUCCAAGGCUUGUGUGAUUGACGUCAGGAGGGUCGGAGGAGGUCACCUCCACCCCUUCCGUCCAGUAGGUCCGGUGGCUGAGACCGCGGGCUCGUCGUCACCAGAGAAACAGAACCGAGAGUCUUUGCAGCUGGCGUGCCGCCUUCGCUGCUGCUACUUCUCUCGCCUGAUAGCAGUGCUGGUUUCUGCAUUACUUUCCCCUUAAGGCCAAUUACUAAGACCUGUUUAAGAGCCGGGAUCCUGCCCAGGCUUAGAUCACGGAAUGGCUUUGGCCAAAAUGGCUUCUCGUCUGUCAGGAAAGCCGGGCCUGUUUCUCUCCUGGGACACCCUACCAUGUCUGUGUGUGUGCGUGUGCGCGCGCACACACACACCCCCACACCCCCCCCCCCCCACGCCUGCUUACACACACACGCAUUUCACAUGCAUUUCAUCAGCCAGGACAAAUACCAUCUUUUAAGAAGUGUACCAGGAGACCCUUCACUUCACACCAUGAAGCUGGACAUCCACUGUGAGCAGCUGAGCGACGCCCGCUGGACGGAGCUGCUGCCUCUGAUCCAGCAGUACGAGGUGGUCAGGCUGGACGACUGUGGCCUCACGGAGGUGCGCUGCAAGGACAUCGGGUCCGCGCUGCAGGCCAACCCGUCCCUGACGGAGCUCAGCCUGCGCACCAAUGAGCUGGGCGAUGGCGGCGUGCUCCUGGUCCUCCAGGGCCUGCAGAGCCCCACCUGCAAGAUCCAGAAGCUCAGCCUCCAGAACUGCUGCCUGACGGAAGCUGGCUGCAGGGUCCUGCCGGGCGCGCUGCGCUCCCUGCCCAGCCUGCGCGAGCUGCACCUCAGCGACAACCCACUGGGGGAUGCCGGCCUGCGGCUGCUCUGUGAGGGGCUCCUGGACCCCCAGUGCCGCCUGGAGAAGCUGCAGCUGGAGUACUGCAACCUAACGGCCGCCAGUUGCGAGCCCCUGGCCGCGGUGCUCAGGGCCACGCGGGACCUGAAGGAGCUCGUGGUGAGCAACAAUGACAUCGGCGAGGCUGGCGUGCAGGUGCUGUGCCGGGGCCUGGCAGAGUCCGCUUGCCAGCUGGAGACGCUCAAAUUGGAGAACUGUGGCCUCACGGCGGCCAACUGCAAGGACCUGUGUGGGAUCGUGGCCUCCCAGGCCUCACUGAAGGACCUGGACCUGGGCAGCAACCGGCUGGGCGACGCGGGCCUGGCGGAGCUAUGCCCCGGCCUGCUGAGCCCCAGCUCCCAGCUCAGGACCCUGUGGCUCUGGGAGUGCGACCUCAGCGUCAGCGGCUGCAGAGACCUCUGCCGCAUCCUCCAGGCCAAGGAGACUCUGAAAGAGCUGAGCCUGGCGGGCAACGGCCUGGGGGACGAGGGCGCCCAGCUGCUGUGCGAGAGCCUGCUGCAGCCCGGCUGCCAGCUGGAGUCCCUGUGGGUGAAGUCCUGCGGGUUCACGGCCGCCUGCUGCCAGCACUUUGGUUCCGUGCUGACCCAGAACAAGCGCCUCUUGGAGCUGCAGCUGAGCAGCAACCCGCUGGGCGACGCGGGCGUCCACGUGCUGUGCCAGGCCCUGGGCCAGCCGGGCACUGUGCUGCGGGUGCUCUGGGUGGGCGACUGUGAGCUGACAAACAGCAGCUGUGGCGGCCUGGCCUCACUCCUGCUGGCCAGCCGCAGCCUGCGGGAGCUGGACCUGAGCAACAACGGCCUGGGCGACCCUGGCGUCCUGCAGCUGUUGGGCAGCCUGGAGCAGCCUGCCUGCGGCCUGGAGCAGCUGGUCCUGUAUGACAUCUACUGGACCGAGGCGGUGGAUGAGCGCCUGCGGGCCGUGGAGGAGAGCAAGCCUGGCCUGCGGAUCAUCUCCUAAGCCCGGUCCCCCACCGGGCUUGAACUGAGAAAAGGUCAGAUCAGCUCAUUUCUGGCAGAGAACUUUAGGCACUUUAUUAAAAUCCUUUUUUUGGCAGCAGG